AUGGGAAUCAACGAUGAUACGUUGUACUUGAAAAUGAAAAUUCAAUCUGAUCUUGUGUUUGACAAUAACUCUGGUGACUUAGUUGGGUUUAUGGAUCUAGGCGAUCCCAUGACAAAUUUUGCUUGUCUUGAUGAGAAAGAUACCAUUGCUGCCACCCAUGCUUUGGCAUUUCUUGUCAGAGGUUUAUGCACUGAUGUAAAACACAUUUUCUUUACAGGAAAUGUCACUUCAUACCAAUUAAUGGCAUUUUUUUGGAAAGUGGUUUCCACCUUGGAACUGUCUUUGGGUGGUUGGUCUUGUCGAAAUUUAUUCAACCUCCAUGUUAAAUUGGCUGUUGAUCAGAAGUGUGAUGUUGUAUACAAGACAAUAAAUCUUUUUGCACCAUCACGCUUCGUCUUUUUCUUUGCAAAUAUACUACAUUUAAUGAAGACAGGACAGAACUGUCUGUACAACUCUGGGUCAGGUUCACACAUGCAGUCGUUUGAUGUGGAAUGA